AUGCUGGUAGUUCUGGUGAGUUACCGCCGCUCUAAUAUCCAAUAGUUCUUCCCGGCUGUAUGUAAUGGCACAAAACAAUUAUAGAGCUAAUUCCGUAAAGAAAUAGUACAUAAACAAACAAAAUACUGCAGUUUCCUAACAGCUAGUUGCAAUGCUGCCAUCUGUCGACGCCAUCAAAAUUAAAGAUAAACUAAAAAUGCAAAUACAUCCAUCAAAAUAACAAGACUACCUGCAAAAACUGGGAUCCGCGUGGCCAAAACAAUCCCCUUUUAUGCACAACAGUAUGUCAUUUCUCAUUGUUUUCACAUUAAAUGCAAAUGAUAAGCAGUGUUUGGCAAAACACUAGACACAACUCUCUACACAGGAAACAAACCUAUUGUGUACAUAAUGUCAAACAAAACUAAAUUAAUAUCACAGUCAAUAACAAGUACUCCCAUAUCUUUUAACAUGUAAACUCUCUUUGUACUGUGACUUGUUUUACAGUACUAAAGUCACAAUUGCACUUUCAACAUCUCUUCUCUUUGAUUUAUCUUCAAUGCAUUGUAAACAUUUACAUCGUUACAAUAUUCUAAACAGUAUCAAUUUAGGUUUAUUGAAAUUCUUCCUGCUUUAGUAUUGGAUGCUAAUUCAGAGAACAGCUGUCUAUGAAAUAGUUGAUUACAUUCUCGUACCAUUUACUCUAUUUAAUAGAAAAAUAUAUUUUAUUGAUGGUCAUAGUAUCACACCUACUCCUGCUCUCUCCCCCAGCACUCGACAAUGCCGGUCUACUAUCCACCGGUCCUGGCCACCCACAUUGCGCACACCUGGCAACCAUCAUUGCGCACAGCUGCUACCAUCGUUAAGCUCGCCUGGACUUCAUCACCACCCUGAUUACUCUCCCUUCUUUUAGCCCUCACCAACCUCGGUCAUCAGGCAGAAUUGGUUCUGUUUUCAUGUCCUGAUGUGUCUCUUGUUUUGUACUUGCGAUGGUCGUUAUUAUUAAACUCACCAUCUGCACCUGCUUCCUGACUCAACGUUACAGAUAGUUAGUAUUUGUUGAGCCAUUAUGUGAUGAAUGGUGAGAUGACCUUGUCAUUCUAUGACAAAUUAUACUGUUUGCGUGGGCUGCGUUAUCCCUGUUUUGAGGAAAGUGUUCAAGCAAUUGAGAAACUAACAGUGUUGUUGGACAUGAUUUAUACAAUUUACUUUGUCUUGUGUAGCUGUUGUCUACUGUUUUGCAAAAAGUGUCUUGUGUACAAGUGGGACUACUGUUUUACAAAAAGGUGUUAUGCAUCAAGUGUGAACAUUGAACUGUGCAGAAAAGGUGACUGUUUUGGUACGUAGGUUAAUAAAGGUAUCGUUCACAUGGAGCCGCGUUUAAGUUAUCAAGCCAUGUUGUAAAAAUUAUAAAAUGUCCAGGGUAAAGAUUAUUAAGAUGACGUUUUCUCUGAGGGUAGUAACUUUGGUCCUCCCUCCUUUCUGUCUCAGACCGGGUCCAGGAGGAGAUCAGCAGGGUUAUAGGAAGUCGUCAGCCCUUAGCAGAGGACAGGAUGAACCUGCCCUACACUGAUGCAGUGAUCCAUGAGACCCAGAGACUGGCCAGCAUUUUACCCAUUGCCAUCCCUCACACCACCAGCCGAGAUGUCACCUUCCAGGGAUAUUUCAUCAAGAAGGGGACGCUUGUGUUUCCUCUACUGACGUCUGUCCUACAAGACGGAAGCGAAUGGGAGAGCCCACACACCUUUAACCCCGCCCACUUUCUGGAUGAGGAAGGUCGAUUCGCCAAGAGGGAUGCCUUCAUGCCCUUCUCUGCAGGUCGUAGGGUGUGUCUGGGGGAGAGUCUGGCCAGGAUGGAGCUCUUUCUCUUCUUCACCUCCCUCCUGCAGCGCUUUCGUUUCUCUCCUCCUCCUGGAGUAACAGAGGAUGAUCUGGACCUCACACCGGCCGUGGGGUUCACCCUCAAUCCUUCACCUCACCAGCUGUGUGCUGUGAGCCGGGUCUGAGAUGAGUCUGGGCCUAAUGUAUAUUAUACAUGACUUAUUAUACAUGAACAAAUGCUCCACUUUAGACAAACAUGCUGAAACAGCUUACCUCACCGGCUGUGCUGUGAGCCAGGUCUGAGAUGAAACCAGUCCCUCAAUGGUUUUGGUUGAAUUUGAUUGCUCUACAUUCCAACAAUGUAAUUGAUUGAUACAAAGCACCGCUAUUAUGUAUGUACAGAAUGCUUGUUGUUUUAGCUUGCUGUCCUGCCUUGUCUGGGACUGGACAGCUGUUGCCAAGCUUAGCAAAGUCAAUCAGUUUUCUAGCUAAUGUUAUCAGUAGUUGACAUCAAUAUAUACCCUUGUGGGCAUGUUUUUAUAUGACUAGCAAGCAUACUUAGCCAUAUCUGCUAGCUAGAACAAAUAACUACCACUAACUAGCUAGCUCCAGCAGGAGUGGAAGUUCAGCUGCCUACUUUCACUCCAUUAAGGUUCCAGUUGUUGAAGGAGACUUGAAACCAAAAGACAGCAUUUACACAGGAAACCCAAUUCGGAUCUUUUUCCACUGUUUAGUCUUUUGACUUACCAGAUCAGCACUUUUGCCUACAAUUGGACAAAAGACCAGAAUUGGGCUGCCUGUGUAAAAGCAGCCAAAAGGUCUCACUUAAAGUGAAGUUGUUUACAAACUGUUCGCUAGCUGGUGGCUAGUUUAAGCUACUCCUUGUCCAUUGACCAUAGCUAGUGGGUAGCUUGAGCCACAUUAGCUACUAGUGACUAUUUACAUAUAAUAUAUUGGAACAUUUGGGCACGAAAAUCUAACUUAUUGCACCUUUAAGCUUUCUUGUCCUAUUCAAACGGGCCAACCAAAGGUACAUAACACUAACCGUGUCAGUUAUUGAUAACAGCUAGAUGAUUGACUCUGCUAAGCUUGGAUACACCCCAAAGAUAAAUAAGCUAAGAUGUAGGCUUCUGAUUAGCCUUUGACUAUUUGAUUAGUAGCGUGUCAGAGAGCUCCAUAUGUAUUGCUAAUCAAUAAACCCGUUGAUGAGUGUGCUUGACAUCGGCACCAGUUCGUCAAAUUUUGGUCCAUUUUGUCAACUUGGAGUCGGGGUUUUGAAUAGAAUAGAAUUUGAAUUACUGUCUGUGCUCAGUGGGAACCAAUCACUGUGCAGCAAUGUAAAACGUUCAACUUGUAGAUUUCACCAAAACUUUUAAUAAAGGCUUAAAGUGGAACUGACAGUA